UGCUAAUACGUUGUAGUGUUAUACGUCAUGAUCACGGACAAUGACUGACAAAUAUUUUAGGUCAUUAUUUGGAUAUAUUUUGGUAUCAAGCGUUURUUGUCAUGCGGCAACGAAUGCUAAUAUGUCAAGAAACGACGGCGGAGAGUUAAAAAACGAUUCUUUGUUGGAAAACGACCCAGAACUGAACUAUGUUCCUUCUGGGCCGCUGGUCAUGUGCUCUUUCUUGCCAAUGGAGUUCAUUGAAUGUGAAGACCUAGUUGACUUAAAAGGAAACAAGACAAGAGAUGAUACCAUUACGGGGGGAUGUUCCAAGUACGGAGGUAGUUACAGAUAUGAAGACGUAGAAAAAACAACAGUUCAAUGCAUGGUUUUACCUGGUAUAGAAUGUCAUGGUAACAGAAAAUUCAACAAGAAAGGAUUUCCAUGUGUGAAAUAUGGUGGCUAUUAUUUCCUAACAACUCUGUUAUAUUCAAUUUUACUGGGAUUCCUUGGUAUGGACAGAUUUUGUCUGGGACAAACUGGAACAGCUGUUGGAAAACUGUUGACACUUGGAGGUGGUGGAGUCUGGUGGAUAUUGGAUGUCAUAUUGUUAGUCACAAAUCAACUUUUGCCAGAAGAUGGCAGUAAUUGGAAUAUUUAUGUUUAAUUUAAAAAAACGUUUAUUUUUUUAACUUCAUAAAAUAAAAGAACUACUAAUUGUACAAAAGCUUCAACAAUAUUUAUUGACUUCAA